AAUGUUGAAUGGUUGCCUAUAGCCUAUACUUAACCCAAUUCAUUUUGUUUAACAGCACAUUUUUUCUUUUAGUAAUAUAAAAGAGUACUACUCAACGCAUAACGAAAAAGUGUAAAUUUGUUAACACGACGAUCGGAUCCUGCCUGAGCAAAAACGAAAUCGUUUUCCGUUAGGGUGACAAUGUCGAAACAAACGUACAAAGUCGGAUUUUUUUUCCGGCGGCAGUUCACCAUGGCUGCCGCGGAAGCUCCGGCGGACAUUAAGAGCCUAUUUAAACGUUAUUCCGACGACAGCGGAGUUAUGAGCGUCCAGAAUCUUCAUAGUUUCUUAAUUGAGAUCCAGAAGGAGAAAAAUGUUAGCUUAGAGAACGCAGAAGCCAUUAUCAAUAAUCACGGCGGCGACUCCAAGCAGAAAGGCCUCCAGCUCGAUGGCUUCUUCAAGUUUCUCUUUUCUGAUGUUAAUCCUCCUCUCGAUCCUAAACUUGGGAUUCACCAUGAUAUGACUGCACCUCUGUCUCAUUACUACAUAUACACAGGCCAUAAUUCAUAUUUAACUGGGAAUCAACUGAGUAGUGAUUGCAGUGAUGUUCCCAUAAUACAAGCUCUUCAGAGAAGUGUUAGAGUAAUUGAAUUAGAUAUUUGGCCAAAUUCAGACAAAGAUGAUAUAGAAGUUCUACAUGGAAGGACACUGACUGCUCCAGUGACGCUAAUCAAAUGUUUGAGGUCUAUCAAGGAGCAUGCCUUUUGUGCAUCGGAGUAUCCUCUUGUAAUAACACUUGAAGAUCAUCUCACGCCAGAUCUUCAGGAAAAAGUAGCUGAGAUGAUCACUCAAACAUUUGGAGAGAUGCUGUUUUCUCCUUCAGAAAGUUUGAAGGAGCUUCCUUCUCCGGAGUCACUGAGAAAGCGUGUGAUGAUAUCAACUAAGCCACCAAAAGAAUACUUAAAAUCCAAGGAAGUUAAGGAAAAAGAUGACACGAAGAAAGAAGCUGAGGAUGACGUUGAUGAAGAAGAAGAUGAAGAUGAUGAAGAAGAUUCAAAGUCAGAUAAAAAGGCAGCUUCAGAAUACAAGCGCCUAAUUGCCAUUCAUGCUGGAAAGGGGAAAGGAGGACUAUCUGAUUGGUUGAGGGUUGACCUCAAUAAAGUAAGACGGCUUAGUCUCAGUGAACCAGAACUUGAAAAAGCUGUAGAUACUCAUGCAAAAGAAAUUAUCAGGUUCACUCAGCAUAACUUGCUGAGAAUAUACCCAAAGGGCAUUCGAGUUGACUCGUCCAAUUAUGAUCCUUUUGUUGGUUGGAUGCACGGAGCUCAAAUGGUAGCAUUUAAUAUGCAGGGUUAUGGAAGAUCACUUUGGUUGAUGCAUGGUAUGUUCAGGGCUAAUGGUGGCUGUGGAUAUGUUAAGAAACCUGAUCUACUAUUGAAAGCUGGUCCCGACAAUGAGGUCUUCGAUCCUACAGCAAAUUUGCCUGUCAAAACUACACUAAAGGUGACUGUAUAUAUGGGUGAUGGGUGGGACAAAGACUUCGAUCAGACAGACUUUGACACGUACUCACCUCCAGAUUUCUAUGCAAAGCUAGGAAUUGCUGGAGUUCCUGCUGAUGAAGUAAAGAAGAGAACAGAGACGAUAGACGACAAUUGGAUACCAAGCUGGAAUGAGCAGUUUGAGUUUCCACUAACCGUUCCUGAGUUAGCUCUACUUCGUAUCAAAGUUCUUGAUUAUAAUUUGUCCGACAAGGAUGAGUUUGCUGGCCAAACAUGUCUACCUGUGGCAGAGCUGCGACAAGGUAUCCGAGCAGUCCCACUCUAUGAUCGGAAAGGAGAGAAGUACAGUUCUGUGAAGCUUCUCAUGCAUUUCGAGUUUAAAUAACUUUGUAGAUCUUGAAAAGGGAGCUUUGCUAGUUUCAUCUAUGUGAAGCGUAGCAAAGUUUAUAAACUAUAUACAAGUUACAACCACAUGCAAAGUUGUAAGAUAUAUAUGUACCAUCAGAUAGAGUACACACAGACUGAUGGAAAUAAGGUUAGUAAACAAAAAACAAUAAAAUUACUAUGGGAGAAAAAUAUGGGAAGAUUGAAGAUAGAAAAUAAGAUUGGUUAAAUUUGAGAAAUAACUUCCCAAAUAACCUCAUGUAUAUGAUGCCCCUUACCUUAAUCCAUAUCAAAUUGCUUAUUAAGAGCA